GACAGCUGAAGAGUGUGGGAUUUAAAAGGAGGAGCAGCUCUGGUACUGUUCUCAAGCACUAAACAGUCAAGCUAGAACUUUCUUCUUACAGGCCAGCAGCAUUUGCAGCUUGACUCUCUUGACGGAGAAAGAAGAUGCCCUGCCAAGCUGCAAGUCAUGCUCAGCAAAAUGGUCUUAAUUGCAAAGAAUCGGUGAUUGACAUCCCAGCAGAUCUUGGGCCGGCCGAGUGGCCGGAGGAUUGCUGUAUCUACAGGGUUCCAAAGAAACUUCGCAAGGUAAACAAAGAUGCCUAUACUCCUAAGUUAAUCUCAAUAGGCCCCUUUCAUCACCGGCAAGAAUACCAAGACAUGGAAGUGCAGAAAAAGAAAUAUUUGAGGGACUUCUGUAAAAGGACUAAGAAGAGCCAGGAGGAUCUUGCCAGCAUCGUUAAAGCGAAAGUAGAACAAAUCCGCAAUUGCUAUGCAGAGACCUCAAAAUUCAACAGUACUAUAGAGUUUCUAAAACUGAUUUUAUUGGAUGGCAUCUUUAUAAUUGAGCUCUUCUGGAGGAAUUCUAAAAAGGAAGAACGUGAAAAGGAUUAUAUAUUAAGCAAACCGUGGCUGAGUGAUGGUUUACAGCAUGACUUGCUUCUACUUGAGAAUCAGCUUCCGUAUUUUGUUCUUGAGGAUCUAUAUGUGUCUGGGGCUGAAGGCCAGGAAGAGGACGACCGGAAAAAAGAGCCCAAAGAUGAAUUUCUUAAGCUUUGCCGCGAGUACUUUUCUAAAUAUGAUCGGCACCCAGAUUCCGACAUUUUUGAGGGGAAAAAAAUUAAACAUUUGACAGAUUUGCUGAGAUGUUUUUUCUAUCCACCACAGAUGGAGGAAGAAGUGAAGAAAGGAAAAAAGAAGGCCAUUGAUCGACUAUGCUGUGCCAAAGAAGUGGAGAAAAAAGAAAAGAAGACCAUUAAUCGACUAUGCUGUGCCAAAGAAGUGGAGAAAAAAGAAAAGAAGACCAUUGAUCGACUAUGCAGUGCCACAAAGCUUGACGAGACAGGAGUGAAAUUCAAAAAAGUCAAAGGAAAACCCCUACUUGACAUCAAGUUUCAAAAGGAUUGGUGCUUGGAUCACUGUCCAUGCCUGAAUUCCUCAUGGCUCUUGAAUUGCCUACCGUGCUUUAUCUGCCUGGAGCGCAUGCAACCUUUCUUGGAACUCCCUGCCUUUGAAGUAGGGCACGAAACUGAGUGUGUUUUUCGAAACAUCAUGGCCUUGGAGCAGUGUCAUUAUCCAAAGGAGGCUUACGUCUGCAAUUACAUUCAGCUGUUGGAUUGUCUUAUCAACACCGAAAAAGAUGUGGAUUUACUCGUUGAGAAAAAGGUUAUUGUGAACCAGCUUGGCAGCGAUGAGGCAGUGGCGAGAUUGGUUAACAAGCUUGGCCAUCAAAUUGUAGCAGAAGAUUCAUGCUACUGUGAUCUCAGCCAAAAUCUUAAUGAGCACUACGAAGGCUUCUGGAAUCGAAAUAUGGCAACCUUGACAACAACAUAUUUCCGCGACAUUUGGAGAGGCUCUGCAACGGUUGUUGGGAUUAUCUUCCUGCUUUUAACUUUCUGGAAUAUUUUCCUCAGGCAUUUCGUGAAAAUGCCUCACUCUGGUCCUGAUUGAAGUUUUUUGCUUUGCUUUGAGUUGUCUUCCUCAGGCAUCUAUGGAGAGUCUAGCUGUAUUUAAUUUGCAGCUAGCUAGUAAAGUAGUUUGUAUCACUGUUCACAAAUAAGAAGGGUUUAUUAUCUGUAAUCUGAUAUCAUGUAUGGUGCUAAUAAGGUGUUUAAAAAUUAAUAAUAACGUGAGAUUUUCAUCUUUCAUAAGCCAAAACAA